AGUUCUAUUAUUACAAUGGGGUGGCGAAGUGUGAUUUUCAAUAAACAGCCGAAUUAAGUAUUAGAGCCACAUAUGUUACCGUAUAAACGAGCUUUCAUUGAAGUAAAUCUUGUAGUUGUCGUCAGAUGGCACAUAUUGCAAGCUUUCGCUAUUUUAGUUGCUGCGCUACACAGCCAGAGGUACACUUGAACGCUCGUUGUGUGAAUCUUUAGGGUAGUGACAAGUAGCGACAGGCAAAGGUGAGGGGUGUGUGCAAUUUGUUUGGACAUGGCGAUGGUGAUUUACACCGAUUGAAUAAACAAAAUUCGCUGACUGUUAAAAAUGAUUCUGUCCAGAGCAAAGCCUGUGUCUACAGAUAGUGGAAAGAAAACUAAUUCCCGAAAGGAGAUCCCGAAGUUAGAGGAUUUUCUUAAUAAGAGAGAUUAUACAGGUGCUUUGACUCUGUUGGAGUUCAAUGGAAGCAAGAAUAACACUGGUAAUACCGAUCUGUGGAUUGGCUACUGUGCUUUUCACCUAGGAGAUUAUAAAAGGGCAGCAAAAGUCUAUGAGAACUUGAAAAACAGAGGAAAUACUUCUGUAGACUUAGAAGUAAACUUGGCGUGUUGUUAUUUUUACCUUGGCAUGUACCCUGAAGCAUUAAAAAUCCUAGAACAGGCAUCAGAGUCCCGCUUGAAAAUUAGAAUACUGUUUCAUUUAUCUCAUAAAAUGGGGGAUGAAAAAAAACUUAUGGAAUACCACCAAAUGCUUGAAGAUGUAAUUGAAGAUCAAUUGUGUCUUGCUUCCAUCCAUUACCUGAGAUCCCACUAUCAAGACGCUAUUGACAUCUACAAGCGCGUGCUAUUAGAUAAUAGGGAUUACUUGGCACUUAAUGUAUAUGUAGCUCUGUGCUAUUAUAAGCUAGGAUAUUAUGAUGUUGCCCAAGAAGUCCUUCAAGUUUACUUACAAAGACACCCUGACAGCGCUAUGGCAAUUCACUUGAAAGCAUGUAAUCAUUUUCGGUUGUAUAACGGUAGUGCUGCUCAAGCAGAAAUGAACCAACUUGUUGAGCAAACUUCAAAUCCCAACAGUUUUGGGCAUGAUUUGAUACGCCAUAAUAUAGUGGUGUUCAAGGGUGGGGAAGGCGCUCUACAAGUUCUACCUAAUUUGGUAGAUGUAAUACCAGAGGCCAGAUUAAAUCUUGUCAUAUACUACUUGAAACAGAAUGAAAUUAAAGAAGCCUUUGAGCUUAUCAAAGACUUGGAGCCAUCUGUACCACAAGAAUAUAUACUAAAGGGUGUGGUAAAUGCUGCAAUGGGGCAGGAGAUGGGCUCUCGCGAACAUAUAAAGACAGCACAGCAAUAUUUUCAACUUGUUGGGUCAUCUGCAUCUGAAUGCGAUACGAUUCCAGGACGCCAGUGUAUGGCAUCUUGCUUUUUUUUGUAUAGGCAAUUUGAAGAAGUUUUAGUAUAUUUAAAUUCAAUAAAAAGUUACUAUUUCAACGAAGACAUAUUCAACUUCAAUUAUGGCCAAGCAAAAACUGCUGCUGGGUAUUUCAAAGAAGCUGAAGAAGCUUUCCUCAUGAUCCGAAGUGAGAAGUACAAAAAUGAUUACGUCUUCAUCAGCCUGUUGGCUUAUUGUUAUAUUAUGAACAAAAAGGCACAACAGGCAUGGGAAUUGUAUCUAAAAAUGGAAACGUCCAGUGAAUCUUUCAGUCUAUUACAAUUAAUUGCUAAUACGAGCUAUAAAGUUGGGGAGUUUUGGCAUUCUGCUAAAGCAUUCGAUAUGUUAGAGCGAAUGGACCCAAGUCCGGAACAUUGGGAAGGAAAACGAGGAGCGUGUUGCGGCACCUUUCAGUACAUUGUGGCAGGGAAACAGCCAAAAGAAUUGUUACCGGACGUAAUUCAGCUACUGCGAAACACGAAUAACUCGCAGGUAGAACAGAUAUCUCGUGUUAUGCGAAAAUGGGCUAAGGACAGCAGGAUAAACUGCUGAAAACGGCGUUGAAAACUAACACAAUCAUUGACAAUCACGAGGUACGAAUCUCCCCAAUACCGCCUACGAAAUUUAAUUUACCAUGUACUUUGAAAAGGGGCCACCUUAGCUCCAAGAAAAAUGGAAAAACAAGGCAAUUGAAAUAAUGUGUAAGUAUGACUAUUCGUCUGGUAGUUGAUUUCGAAAGAGUUGAGAAAAGCGCAAAAAGGUAAUCGAUUGUUUCCCCCAAUUAGCGUUAUAACCGAAGUUUAGCGAUUUCUGCACUUUGGCUAUCACCAUUUGCAGGUUUCAUUAAUUUCCGUCUCUUACUGUUGUAUCGCAUAGUAAUAAUGGUCUGCAAAUUACAGCUAACUAUCACGUCGGUAGCCUUUUAAAUAUCUCUUGUACCUUUAUUUGCGAUUAUCAUAUCACAAUAUCUUGCAUAAUAAUUAUUACUACUCUUAUCGUUAACUCCAGAAGUUGAGAAUUUUUGCGCCAGCGUACAUCUUACGAUAAAUCAACGCAAUGAAAUUUGAAUGCACCUCACAUUCCGUCCAAGAUAUACUUAUAUUGGUAAAUUUGACCGUUUGUAAGUAAAACUGUAACUAUGAUAUAUAAUAUAUUUAUUACAUUGUACCUAA